AUGGUCGUCGGACUACUACUCCAGACUUUCGAGCCGCUCAUCACACUGCUACGCAGAAAUGAAGAGCUCUUCGGGUCUCGAGUAGCGCUCCACAUUCCGUAUACACCAGACGGUCGACAUCAAACCACCUUAUCCUACCAGAUACCGCGAAUUCUACACCAAACCACCGCAACCGAGACGAUUCCAGACAAGUGGAUCGAGCCGCAGCAGAGUUGCAAAGGGGCCUAUUCAGACUUUGAAUACAAGCUGUGGACCGAUGAGUCCGCUCGAAACUUUCUCUCCGUCGAAUAUCCCUGGUUCGUGGAUAUCUGGGAUACCUACACCUUCCCAAUCCAGCGUGCAGAUGCUCUACGCUAUUUCGUCCUGCAUCAUUUUGGUGGUGUCUACCUUGACAUGGAUACCUGGUGCAAUCAGAGUUUCCCCAUUCACGAAAUUGAAUUCGACAAUUUGACAAACUACGCCUUGUUCAAAUCAACAGUGCCAACUGGUGUAUCCAACGACUUCAUGAUUGUCUCUGCCCGGCAUCCAGUUUAUGCCGCAGCAAUUGCCAAGCUACCUAUCUUUCAUGAGAUAACUCACCUUUGGGCUCGAUGGCAACCAUAUUCCGCCAUCAUGAUAUCUGCCGGGCCCAUGUUCCUUACUCUGGUGAUAAAGGAAUACUUGCUUGAGCAGCCUUCGCUACCCUCGCCGGCAGUAGGAAUCAUCAAUGCAACGGAGUUAGCGCCAUUCAUCACCGACCUGGAGGGUGGCACUUGGCAUCGAUCAGACACACAGGUAGUCAUGUGGAUUGGAAAUAGGCCAUGGAGUUGGUUCCUCAUGGGGGCGAUUGGGUUAGCUGCUGGCUUAUUCAUCUUUCACCGGGUACUGAUGAUUAUUCCUGAUCGUGUACUUCGCAAGGCUGGUUCCAGUUCCUGCAAUCCGAAGCUGGCCAAGGCAUCAUGA